AUGGCGCCCGGUCUACUAUCAUACGUCCCCAUCGUCAACCGCUUCGUCUCGGACGGCGAGCGAGCGCAAGCCAUCGACAUCCCCGCCGUUCAAGUCCACGAUGUCGAAACCGACCACGACAGACGAGCGAGGUGCCUCAAGCACCUGCUGAGGGCGAACCACGUCAACCACUCCAUCAUCUACCAUAACCUCCAGUUCGACAACCAUACCGCACACGUGCUCUCCUCGGCUUACCUCCUCGGCGCGAACGACCGGCAACUGCAAACCAUCUACGAGGCCGAAGCCAAGGAACUCGAGCCAUGGAAGGAAUCACCGGCCGAGGUCACCGAAGACGACUGGAGAGAUCUCCUGGGCGACAAGACGUACCAGAGAGCGUACGUCGACUUCUUUGAAGACUCGCUGGCGUACAGCUCGUACGACUGGAAAAAGGUUGUCGACAAGUUCAUGUUCACGGGCGAGGAGCCCCUGGUCCACGGACUCAUCGGUGGCCUUGGCCACCCCCUCAUUCACCUCGGAUACGCAUACGAGAUGAACUCUAAGGAGAUCGCCAUCGAAGCACUCGCCUUGACCGCCACACAAUACAACUUCUUCCAUCGAUAUCUCGACGACAAGUCCUACACGAAGCCCUCGCCGUUCGGUUCCAAGUCGAUCUUUCAACUGACCAACAAGUUGGCCGAGGACAAGCGUUUUGAUGGCUUGUUCAAGGAGCCGGCGCUGGAGAACCUCAACAUCUUGUUCGAGAAGCACGAGAGCCUCGUCCUGGAAUACUGGAAUGCCUGGACCAUCACCGAUCCCGUGAAGCAAUUCGAGGAGUCCCAGGAGCUCGCCGUCGCGCUCCUCGUCGCGACGGUCCCCCGUGGGACUCACGCAUACAACUUCUUCGCCGUGCACCUCCUGACGACGAGCCAUGCCGUGCGCAUUCUCCUCCCCUUCAUCCCGGUCAAGUUCCAUGUCGACUUGGUGAGGGAAUGGUGGCUACUGGUCCUCGGCGUGUACAUAUCUCUCCUGCGACCAAAGAUCGACCCCGACAACGUCGAGACGGACCUGAAGGGCCGACACUGGGGCCACGCGGAGCACGAGGCUCUGAACUCGCAAUGGGCGACAGAUGCACACUACGUCAAAGGUUGGUCUAUAAUUCCGGCUACCCUGUACCUUUACUGA